UCCAUGGCUGCGUUCACGUCAGGCUUUAUCGCGAAGUGAAAGAGCGCUAGCGGCUAGCCGGCGAAAACGCGUGGGCCACGUCUCGUCGUCACGUCGACAGUUGUCGACAAGUUGAGUUGCUCGUGUACUGUGAUAAAUAUCGAUGAAAAUAUGGCUCGAAGAAUGAUUCGUGGGUUUAUUAUACUAUUAUCGGUAUGCUGUAUAGUUUCGGCAAGCUUUGAAACCAUAAACGAAGAUUUGGUUGUAAAAAAUGUCGAGCGAAGUAUCGAUCUGCAGUCUCAACUUACGAAGAUCGUCAACAAAUUGACUAUAGAAAACACUGGGAAAAGUCCGGUAAAAAGCCUGCUAUUUGCAAUUGAACAAAAACGUAAAGAUAGCUUAAGCUACAUCGCCGCCCAAACACGUGACACAAGCAGAAGCACACUUAAAAUUUCGGAAACCAAGGUACAAAACCAUCCUGACAAACUUUUCUACAAGAUUGACCUCAAGGAUGCCCUGAGCCCCGGACGCUCGUUAGCGAUCGAAGUAGAGACUGUAUCCAGCAACGAGCUUGUUCCCCAUCCAAAAGAAAUCAACCAGAAAGAAAAACAGCUUGUACGUUACUUUGGCAAUGUGUACUUCUAUUCCCCGUAUACUGUCACAAAGCAGACUUCUGUCGUCACCCUGCCAUCUCGCAACGUUGAAAACUAUACUAAAUUCAAGCCUGUCGUUCAGAGCGAUACGACAAUAACGUACGGCCCAUAUGAGAAAAUAACUCCUUUUUCGGUUGAAGACUUAAUAGUUCACUUUGAAAACAAUAACAAGUUUUUAACGAUAAAAAAACUUGAACGAGUGAUUGAAAUUUCGCAUUGGGGAAAUAUUGCGAUUGAAGAAACGAUAGAUUUGUACCACACCGGAGCGUUACUCAAGGGAUCAUUUUCAAGAUAUGAAUAUGCCAGGGAAUCUAAAUCUGGCCAGUCCAGCGUCCAGAAUUUCAAUACCGUUUUACCAGCUGCGGCGUCUGAUGUUUAUUACCGUGAUGAAAUCGGGAACAUUUCUACAUCCCAUAUGAGGAUAAGAAAAGAUGCAGUUGAACUGAACCUCAGACCACGAUUUCCACUCUUCGGCGGAUGGAAGACUCAUUACGUUAUCGGAUACAAUGUGCCCAGCUACGAGUAUCUCUUCAACUCUGGAGAUGAGUAUUUGCUCAGAAUGAGACUUUUGGACCAUGUAUUUGAUGAUAUGGUCGUCGAGGAACUUGUGACCAAAAUUAUUUUGCCAGAAGGUUCUCACAGUGUGAAACUAAACGCUCCGUACAGCGUUACUCGCCUGCCGGACACCCUGCACUACACUUAUUUGGACACGAAAGGUCGCCCAGUAAUAACGAUCACAAAAAAUAAUUUGGUUGAAAAUCACAUCCAAGACUUUCAACUGAGGUACACAUUCCCGCGGCUUUUGAUGCUGCAGGAACCUUUAUUGGUUGUUAUUGCCCUAUACCUGCUAUUCUUACUGGUCAUUGUGUACGUCCGCUUGGAUUUUUCAAUCAACAAAGACGAGGUUUCAGAGAGUAAAUUAAGAAUUGCUGGUCGAUGUGAAAAGAUAUUAGCAGCUCAGGAUCGAAGAGUUAACUCUUAUAAUGAUUUAGAUGACCAAUUGUCCGAGCUUAAGGCAAAUAAAAAUACCAACACUUUCCAAGCAGCUGUUAAGAGUAUUAAUCAAGAAUACAAAACCGCGACCAAUACCAUUUCUGAAUUGAGCUUGAAACUGAAAGGAGAGUCUGGAGAUGUUUAUGAACGUAUUCAAGAAUUACAAAAACUGGAUAAAGCUCUGAAGGAGCUUUAUAAUCAGCAGCAAGCGUUGUAUUUCGACAAACUGAUCCCGGGUAAAAUUGGUAGACAGCCGUUUGUAGAUGCGGAAUCUGUAAUCAUUAAGAAAAAGGAAGAGACUGUGGAAAAAAUAAACUCAAUAGUAAAGUCUUUGCAAUAGAUUUUGGGAAAAAAUGAAACAAAAGUAAUCAUUUUUUUUUCCUUUUUCUAUACCAUUCCCAAAUCUUACGUCUGGAAAAAUGACUACAAUGAGUAGACAUCAAUCCAGCUGGUCUUCGAACUAUUUUAUAAAAAAGAUAUCAAGGGGAAUCAAACAGCGUUUUAUUGCCCAGACCGUACCAGUUUGAUAUUCAUUGGUAUUUAUUAUUCAGGCUCUAUCUAAUUUCUACUACCAAUGAAAAUCAGGAUGGUGUCUCUGGUAAACAGUCCUGUCUUUUAGAGAGUGCCUAAUGUUGAGAUUUUGAGGGUACUUCAAAUUCGUAAUUGCUAGUAUUGUAAGCAUGUUUUCUAUGUACUCACUUUUUCGUUUUGUGGUAAAUCAUUGAUCAGCUCUUCUUCAUCAGUAUCAAGAUGGCUACGAAGAUACUUACAUCUGACGAUUUGUACAUCUGCAAUGUUAAUUAUUAUGUAUCAAACAGUUCACACAUCACAAAUGGUAAAUACAAAUGAAUUUGUGAGAAGCAGAAUGUAAGUUUUUUUGAACAUAUACGUUCCUUUUCGGCUGUAAUUCCCGUAACAAGGAAAUUAAAGAAACCAUACCAACACUUUGUAUUUCGAAUCCUUUUGAAUAUGUAGUAAUAAACUCAUAAUUUACA